CGGAAGUGACGUAAGGCCGAGGCUGGAGGGCCGCCCUGGGCCGGGUCCGCAGUCGCUCGGGGUUGGAACCAGCGACCGUCGGUAGCAGCAUGGCUCUCCUCUUUCUUCUACCCCUUGUCAUGCAGGGUGUGACCAGGGCUGAGAUACUCACUAGUAUGCUGCGGUUACCUGCAGUGUUCAGCGCAGUGACAGGCUGUACAGGUUCAUGACCUAAGAGCAGUAGGCUGUGUCAUCUGGGUUUGUGUCAGUGCACUACUGCCCGAAGAAACUGCCUAAGGGGACAUUUCUCCAUUUCUCAGAACAGAUCUCCAUCGUUAAGUGACGCAUGACUUCUUAUCAACCGAUGUUUUCUGAAAGGUUUAAAAGAGUGAAGGCAAGAAGAAAUGUUGGGUAUGUUUUGUAAAAAGCCCUGCACACCCCAGAGAGCAGAAUGUUGAUGAAACUGGAAUGUGUGGCUCCAUUGUUCAAUCUUUAGUGCCUAUACCAACUAAUGUUACAAUUGAAUCCUAUAACAUGAACCCUAUCGUAUAUUGGGAGUACCAGAUCAUGCCACAGGUCCCUGUUUUUACCGUAGAGGUAAAGAACUAUGGUGUUAAGAAGUCAGAAUGGAUUGAUGCGUGCGUCAAUAUUUCUCAUCAUUAUUGUAAUAUUUCUGAUCACGUUGGUGAUCCAUCAAAUUCUCUUUGGGUCAGAGUUAAAGCCAGGGUUGGACAAAAAGAAUCUGCCUAUGCAAAGUCAGAAGAAUUUGCUGUAUGCCGAGAUGGAAAAAUUGGACCACCUAAACUGGAUAUCAGAAAGGAGGAGAAGCAAAUCAUGAUUGACGUAUUUCACCCUUCAGUUUUUGUAAAUGGAGACGAGCAGGAAGUCGAUUAUGAUACCGAAACUACCUGUUACAUUAAGGUGUACAAUGUGUAUGUGAGAAUGAACGGAAGUGAGAUCCAGUAUAAAAUACUCACGCAGAAGGAAGAUGAUUGUGACGAGAUUCAGUGCCAGUUAGCGAUUCCAGUAUCCUCACUGAAUUCUCAGUAUUGUGUUUCAGCAGAAGGAGUCUUACAUAUAUGGGGUGUUACAACUGAAAAGUCAAAAGAAGUUUGCAUUACCAUUUUCAAUAGCAGCAUAAAAGGUUCUCUUUGGAUUCCAGUUGUUGCUGCUUUACUACUCUUUCUAGUACUUAGCCUGGUAUUGAUCUGUUUUUAUAUUAAGAAGAUUAAUCCAUUGAAGGAAAAAAGCAUAAUAUUACCCAAGUCCUUGAUCUCUGUGGUAAGAAGUGCUACUUUAGAGACAAAACCUGAAUCAAAAUAUGUAUCACUCAUCACAUCAUACCAGCCAUUUUCCUUAGAAAAGGAGGUGGUCUGUGAAGAGCCGUUGUCUCCAGCAACAGUUCCAGUCAUGCGUACCGAAGACAAUCCAGGAAAAGUGGAACAUACGGAAGAACUUUCUAGUAUAACAGAAGUGGUGACUACUGAAGAAAAUAUUCCUGACAUGGCCCCAGGCAGCCAUUUGACUCCAAUAGAGAGAGAGAGUUCUUCACCUUUAAGUAGUAACCAGUGUGAACCCUGCAGCAUCGCUUUAAACUCGUAUCACUCCAGAAAUUGUUCUGAUAGUGAUCACUCCAGAAAUGGUUUUGAUACUGAUUCCAGCUGUCUGGAAUCACAUAGCUCCUUAUCUGACUCAGAAUUUCCCCCAAAUAAUAAAGGUGAAAUAAAAACAGAAGGACAAGAGCUCAUAACAGUAAUAAAAGCCCCCACCUCCUUUGGUUAUGAUAAACCACAUGUGCUAGUGGAUCUACUUGUGGAUGAUAGCGGUAAAGAGUCCUUGAUUGGUUAUAGACCAACAGAAGAUUCCAAAGAAUUUUCAUGAGAUCAGCUAAGAUGCACCAACUUUGAAGUCUGAUUUUCUUGGACAGUUUUCUGCUUCAAUUUCAUGAAAAGAUUAUGAUCUCAGAAAUUGUAUCUUAGUUGGUAUCAACCAAAUGGAGUGACUUAGUUUACAUAAAAGUGUAAAGAAGAUGUGUGGCAUUUUCACUUUUGGCUUGAAAACUACAAAGACUUUUUUUUUUUUUUAAACAAAAAAAGCAUUGUAACUUACGAACCUUUACAUCCAGAUAGGUUACCAGUAACGGAACAGUAUCCAGUACUCCUCGUUCCUAGGUGAGCAGGUGAUGCCCCAGGGACCUUUGUAGCCACUUCACUUUUUUUCUUUUCUCUGCUUUGGUAUAGCAUAUGUUUUUGUAAGUUUUAUGCAUACAGUAAUUUUAAGUGGUAAUUUCAGAAGAAAUUCUGCAAGCUUUUCAAAAUUGGACUUAAAAUCUAUUUCAAACUAAUAGAAUUAAUGGAAUAUGUAAAUAGAAACGUGUAUAUUUUUUAUGAAACAUUACAGUUAGAGAUUUUUAAAUAAAGAAUUUUAAAACUC